AUGGAAACACUUGAGUCCAAUCUCGAGAAAGAUGGCACCGUGAACCCUGGCUCAGAGUCCCCAAGACCAAGCAUGCCCCUGUCAUUACGAUUGAAGUCACGCUUGACAUCUGAGGUCGAGCCAAAAUGGGCAGAUGCUAUCUUAUUGGGAUGCUUCUUCGUCGCAGGUGUCGUCGACAGCGUGGCUUUCAACAAAUAUACAUGCUUCGUCAGUAUGCAGACAGGCAAUACCAUCUUCCUUGGCUUGGGCGUCAGCGACCUCCCGGUCCAUAGCCCAAAGCACACCUGGGUCAAAUCGCUCGUGGCCAUUUCCUCCUUCUGUCUCGGAUCCCUGUCCUUCUCCCGCUAUCACCUUUAUCUCGGUGCAUUAAAGCGCUGGGUCAUCAUGUCGUCCUUCGCCAUCCAGACCAUGUUCAUGAUCAUCACCUCGGUGCUCGUAUCCUCAGGGGUCGCCGCCACGGGCUCACAAGACAACAUCCCGCGCAAGCCAGGAGAUCGAGGCCGUUUUCAAUGGGUCGAGCUGUGUCCGAUUGCCCUGCUGGCGUUCCAGAGUGCGGGCCAAAUCGUGGCGAGCCGCGUGCUGAAGUAUAACUCGAUGCCGACAUUGGUGUUGACCAGUGUGUACUGCGAUUUGAUGAGCGAUCCGAACCUAUUCACUGCAGGAUUGUUCGAAGAUCCGGACAGGAAUAGGAGGGCCGCCAGUGUAACGACUUUGUUUGUCGGCGCCGUGGUUGGCGGAGCCCUGUCGAAGUCAUCCGUGGGCUACCCGGUUGCUUUGUGGAUCGCCACUGGGCUCAAGGCUUGCAUGGUUAUAGCUUGGUUUUUGUGGAAGCGGAAGUAG